AUGUCUGAUAUUCUGACAGGAAAGGAUGAAGCUAAGCCAUAUGCUCUCGGAGCACCUGCCCAGGGAAAAUAUUUUUGGAUACAGUUCCUACCACAAUUACAGAGAAUGAUGCUCAGUGCCCUCAAUCCACUCACAGUUCUAGUCUCGGAACAGGGACACUUUCGAAUUUGUUUGUGCAAAUAUCAUUCUUGUGUUCAUGUUUUGUUUUUACAAUAUUUCAUAAAUAGCCAAUGCUUCCAAAGCGUAUCGACAUUGCCUCCAUUACAGACGGACAGAAAAGAAAACUCCUUUGGGAUUGGUAAAAUCUUUUACGAUGAAGACGUGCCCCGCGUCCGAAUAAUCGAGGAGGAACAAUUGUUAACCCAGAAAGACUACUAUGAUGUUCUCUACCUCCACAACAUGCGCAAAGAAUACCGUCUUAAUCUGAAAACGAGGCAGUGUGAUGUGACAGCUUUGACACGCCCCUUCCGUCCUUUCGGAGUUCCUCCAAUGGCAAACUUCACUGGUGAAGCUACCAUCGGAUCUCCUGGUAUUCCUGGAGAAUAUAUUAUCAUCGAGAACUUUAAUGGGCAAUUCUCAGAUGGAGAUAAAUUCUUUGGUUAUGUCACAAACCCAGACUGUAUCCCUGUAGCUAAUGGACUUUUCAGCGAGAAAUAUGGAUUUAUAAUGAAUUCAUUUUUUGAUAUCACCAUUGGAGUGUCAGAUGUCAAUGCUUUUAUCCCGCCAAGAGAAUGCACAGGAAAAUGAACUGAAAUACAAUUUAUAUCAUUUGUAUAAAAUAUUAAUAUGUAUUUUUUGAUGAAGUAAUAAAUCGU